UGCAAAAAGACAAAGCCGACGCUCUCAACAUACCUGGCCAAGAACUACAGCUACAUCAUUCACGCCAAAGUAAAGAGCGUAGAAAGAGGGAACUGCAAUGAGGUAACGACUGUGGUUGAAGUCAAAGACAUACUCAAGUCUUCAACGCCAAUUCCUCUGUCUCAAGUGCCGCUUCUUACGAAUUCCUCCUGCCAGUGUCCACCUCUUCAACCGAAGCAGGAUGUCCUCAUCAUGUGCUAUGAAUGGCGCUCCAGAUUGAUGCUUCUUGAUGGAUGUCUCGUUGAAAAAUGGAAGGAUCAACUAAACAAAAGAUUUAAGAGGUGGGAACAGAGACUGCAAGAACAAAAGCUGCGAACGGCCCGCAGUAAGAACCAGAAUGCAGGACACAGUGGUCGGAGUGGAGCCCCAAAGCCAUCAACCAAGAACACCAGCCCGCUGGUCAGUGGCCCCAAAAAGGCCACUAAAAUAAGAAAUGGCCAGAAGGAAAUCAACCCUAAAAAAGUAUGA